ACAAUAGUGUUUGCUGCUUUGAGAAUUGGGAGAAAUUGAACAUCCAAUCCAGAAUAUUAGCAGAGAAGCAAAUUAUGGUAAUCAUCAAAUCUCCGUUUCCUCUCAUCCUUUGCUGCUACCUCUUGGUAUCUUUCGUCUUCUUCCCACAAGGAACAGUCUCUCGUAAACUACUGGGGGAAGAAGGUGGCAAUGGACCAAGCAAAGCGGGAGUAAGAAAAAGUAAAUCACAACCAGCACCAUCUUGGGGUGGCCAGGGUUCACAUCCAGCCGCAUCUAACCAGGUUUCAAGGACAAGCUCAUCUCCGUUCGUGGUGUAUUCUCGCCAGACUGCGAACAACCCCACAGACUCAGGAUGGAAUUGCAAAAACUCAACUACUAAUAAUGUUUUCGUGCUAGCGUGUUCGAGUGCCAAUUCCUACAGCAAUAACCCCAAUCCAUAAAGUUUAUGUUUCGUUUUGAGAUAAAGUCUGGCGUUGUUCUUCUUUUUUUUUUGGAUUAAUUCUGUUGUUGUUUGGUAUGUUUCACUCAUACCAGCCAAAAUGACAU